GCAGAAUGGCUGCUGCGUCUGCGAACUACGAAAGAGCUAGCCUGGUUGCUUUGGUACGUGGCGAUGUUGAUAAAUUGGAUGAAUUGUUGAUAGCAAGACCAGAUCUCAUUCACCAUCGCUUCAAGAACCGAGGAAAUCGCACUUUGCUUCACAUCGCUGCGCAAGAGGGCUCGACAUCGUGUCUCAAAAAGCUGCUCUCCAUCCACGGAUGCAACCCUGAUGCCAGGUCUGACUACAAAGACAGUGGACAGACGGCUCUACAUCUGGCUACUUUAUCAGGAAUGGCAGAGUGCGUGCAGCUGCUGUUGAACCACAAUGCAAACCCUCUUCUUCGAGACACGAGAGGCAAACACACACCUCUAGAAAUAGCUAAAAGCAAGCGUUUUUUCCGAUGCUCCAAAUUGCUGGAGGAAGGUGAAGCAACUUAUGGAAGAAACAUUCUUCAAGAUGAAAAAGUGCAAGAAGAUGUGGCAGCUGCUCGCACUGAGUUGGAAACCGCAUGCCUGAAUAAUUCUGUAAGUGGUGUAAAACAAGCUCUUGACAAGCACUCAAAGAGAAUACUGAAGAAGGCAAUUUAUGAGCCAAUAGAUGAAACAAAACAAAGCCUUGUUCUUUGGCUUGCAAAGGCUGAUCGUCAUUUGUUUUUAUCAAUGUGUAUCAGUCAUGUUGGUUCACCUCCUCUUUUGUCUGAUGCAAGUUUACUGCACUUUGCUUGCCGUUACUGCAGUAAUCAAGUAAUAUCUACAGUAUUUAGUUACUUUCCCGGUAUGGUUAAUCUAACUGACAAUGAGAACUCAACUCCUCUUCAUGUGGCUACAUCUCUAGAUAAAGUAGACAUAGUCAAGCUUUUCCUUACACCCUGUGUUGCAGCUGGUGAUGGUGAAGAUGUGGAUCGAUCACUGGUCAUGUCAGACUUGAAUGUGCUAGACAAAUAUGGACGCAGCCCUUUGUACUUGGCAUGUGAGAAUGGCAGCAUUUCUGUGGCAGAAUUGCUUCUUGUAGAAGCUAGUAAACGCAAAGCAACUCCUACCAAUACCACAUCACCCAUCAAUGUAAAUUGCUUUGCUAAGACAGGCCGCACACCACUUCAUGAGGCUGUUUGGAAUGGCGGACGUAAAUUAGUAGAGAUGUUGCUAGAACAUGGAGCAGAUGUGCACGCUUUGGCUAGUCCCACUUAUGAGGCAGAGAGAAUCAUUGACAAAGCAGCAGACUGUGCAUUGGAGAAUCAAAGACAUGAACCAGAUAAAUUGUUUGGUCAUCCAGGUAGUGCAGUUACUAGUGAUGAUGGUGUAGGCAAUCAAUCCCGAUCUGUUGAUUGCCUUGAUGACUAUAAUGACUGCAGUCAUUUUGAAGACACCGCAAUGGUCAGUUCAAGCAAUAAUCUGCUAGACAGUCUUUCUGGUGAAGACCUAGAACAAGAGACACAUAGAACCUCCUCUUCAACAUGUCAUCACUUUCAUAAACAGAAUGGAAACAGAUUAGGAAUCAAAGGUAGACGUUCUGUCAGUGCAGCAGCUUUGGAGCACAAAAAGACUGAUACAAACAAAGUCGGUCCACUUGUAGAGGCAUGUGUACGAGGCAAAGUAAAAAUAGUAGACUGCUUACUACGAUGGGGUGCAACUGACAAACAUGGACUUGCCUUAUGUGUUUCAAUGUUUAAGAGUUAUGAGAUAAUAACAAAACGAUUGUUGUCUCGUCAAAAUAGAAUACGUUCAAGGGAGAUGCGAGGAGAACAAGACAAAAUUAACAAGACCAAUGCUAUUGCCAUUUCUUGGAGAGGUUUGCGUUUGGUAAAGAUUGACCCAGAAUGGCUCAGUAGUGAGUAUUUGAAUGAAAGUAAAAACGGUAGUGAAGACUGUCCGUGUCUCAUUGAUACGCUUGAAGAUGCUGUGUCACCAGCUGUUACUCUGUAUUUUGAACAAUCAUGUCAGCAGCAUCUAGAAAUGAAUCAGCUAACACCUAUAACGUGGCUGAAUUUAAGAUCAAAUCGACUGUUGCAAGUGCCUGUAGAAGUGUUUCGAAUAGACAACUUGCUCUUUCUAGACGUGUCCGACAACUUACUCACUGAGCUGCCUGGUGGCUGCCAGUUAGAUGGUGAACUGCAAAGAUGGACCUGCAAGUCAUUAUCUUCUUUGAAUGUGAGCAGGAAUAGAUUGGUGGCUGUACCUCAGUGUCUGUUGUCAUUGACUGAGCUCACUAACUUGAAUUUGGCUAAAAAUCAGCUGACAUGUCUAGAAGAAUCUAGUAAAGAAAACAUGGCUUCUGACGUAUGGCACAAGCUGAAGACUUUAAAUGUAAGUGAAAACCAUCUUAGAAUGCUGCCAUCACUAGUGUUUCGCUGUCCAUUACUAGAAGAACUAAAUGUUAGCAAAAAUGAGAUAAAUAAUAUUCCUGCUAGUUUGUGGACAGCACCUUUCCUUCGUUCACUAAACCUGUCGGACAACCUUCUAUCAACUCUUCUUGAUAAAUCACUGGCAUUGGAAAAAGAACUGAGAAAAACCUUAUCUUCAACUAGUUCUUCGACUAAGUCUCGGUUUAAUGGUGUUGACUCUAAUGAUUGGACAACUGAUGCAUAUACGGAGAAAGUAUUGACUAGUAGUUCAUGGGUUGAGGUUACUAAGCAAAGUGUCAAUCCAUUGUCUGGACGUUUACAUGGCAACAAUGAGUUUGAGAUAGUUAGCAAGGGUACAACUCUGAUGCCUGGCGAAGAAAAACCGGAGUUGACAUCCUAUUGGCCCAUUAGUGAAGAUGCAUCAGAAGAGAAAUUGACAGAGAAUGAGUCAGGGCUAAGGUCACUCAAUUUGUCACGCAACAAGUUUGAUAGACCUCCUAUAGGUUUGGCUUGUCUUGCUCCUAAUCUCAUUGAAUUGGAUCUGUCUCAUAAUAAAUUGUAUCAACUUGGCUCUUUGUGUCAGUAUCCUGCUCAGCUUAGAACUCUCAAUCUUUCUAACAAUCAGCUUGUGACUACAAAAGUGCAAGUAUUACGACACCACAUGUGCUAUAGCAUUGACAAAGAUGAUACGGCUGAAGACAGCCAUUGUGCUCAUCAAUAUCACCAGACUUUGACUAAGUUGAAAAAACUAAACUUGAACUACAACAAAUUGUCGUCUGUCCGUUUGCAGUUGCCUGAAUCAGCAAUGAAAAGUCGAAUGCGAUUGCGCAGUGCUCAUCAUCGAGAUAAUCAAGGAGAGGACCAACUAAGCCUGCUUUUUCCCUCUCUAGAAGAGCUACUGAUAGCUCAAAAUGGAUUGACGUCUUUGCCAUCAUCCUUGGGACUUCAAAAACAUCUUCGUAUACUGCACGUGAAUCAAAAUCCUGAUCUAGCUGAGCUGCCUUUGCAACUUGGGCGUCUCAAGGGUGUUAUCUACGAUUUGUCACUAGAUGCCAAUCAAAUGCUUGUUCCUCCGCCUGCAAUAGCAACAGGGAAUCCACGGCAAAUUUUAACAUACCUCUACUCUCUUGAACAAGAAUCUAAUGAACAUCGGCAGCUAAAGCUAACUGUUGUUGGUUAUGAAAGACGUGGGAAGACCAGUCUUCUUAAAAGGCUUCAACGUGAUAAAGCAAAUAAGAAGCAGCCAUCUACUAAAGGAAUUGAUGUCCGAGAAUGGACUCUGCAUGCCCCUCGAGGUUCUAAGUGGACUCAUCGAAAGCCUGGAAAGCAAGAUCAUGUCAUUUUCAUCACUUACGACUUUGCAGGACAAAAUGAGUAUUAUGCUACUCAUCAGUGCUUUCUGUCUGAGCAAUCACUGUAUGUGGUGGUAUGGAAUGUUAUGGGUGGAGAAGAAGAAUUGAUGCGCAUCGGACAGUGGCUGAUGAAUAUUCAGGCUCGAGCUCCUGGAUCUCCUGUCAUUAUUGUUGGGACACAUGUAGAUAUGCUACAAGGAAAGGAAUCUAGACGAUACCUACAGCGCAUGAAUACAAUUAUGAAGACUACUUACCAAGAAAGCUCAUCGAAGCAAUUUCCAGCUGUCUUGGGUAUGGUGGAGGUUAGCUGUACAGCAAAGUUUUCCAAUGGCAUAGAAGACCUGAGGAGAUUAAUCUACGACGUGGCUGUAAAUCUGGAAAUUGACAGCAAGGGAAAAGUACUAUUUAAGAGAGAACAUAAAGAAGGAACCCACUUGCUGCUUCAACAGAAAGUACCUGCUAGUUACUUCAAGCUACAAGAAAUUGUGAAGAAAAAGGCUGCUUCUCUCAUAAGCUCCAAGGACGAUCCAAUUGUGGAUGAACACAGUUUCAGGAGCAUGUGUCAAUCAUUGUUUGAAGAUGAUGAGGAAAUGAACCAGGCUGUUGGGUUUUUACAUCAAAGAGGGGUUUUGCUCCACUACCGUGAACCUGCAUUAUCGAGCAUGUACUUUCUAGAUCCUCAGUGGCUUAGUAAGAUGCUGGCUAAUGUCAUUACAACGCACGAGGAGAAUUCUUACAUUGCUUGUGGUUUAAUCAAACGAGAAGAUUUAAUCAAUUUAUUUAAAGAUUGUCAAAUUGCGGAGGAUAAGCUAAAAGUAUUUAUUAGUUUGAUGAGUAAAUUCGAAGUGGCUAUGCCUUUGAGUGACAACUCUCUUUUGAUUCCAUCACAUCUUCCAUCCAGUUUGGAGGAGAGCAGUCUAGUUCGUUCUACACUGCUUGAUCAUUCUUUGAAGCAAUCUUCAGUUGGGUUGUGUUUACCAGAGACCCAGUCAAACUGUGUUCCUUCUGAAAACCAGGAGCUUCAGCAGCAAUUUUCCCACCAAGCUGAAGUAGAUGUACAACUACCAAGAGAUCAUUUAGUAAAUCAGUCAGCAAAGAACGCAAAAGAUUGCCAUUUGGAAAAUACUGUAACAAGAGACAAAUUGCGUUCACAUUUUCGGUUGUGGGUAAUGAGUUACAUUCCCAGCGGUUUCUGGCCAAGACUAACUUGUAAAAUAACACUAGACAACCGACUAAAGCAAGCUCUUGCUGUAGAAAUUUCAGACACUGAACAGAUAGAUGGUGAAAAGAAUAAGAACCAAUUUUGCAUGGCCGACUGGUUGUUGUCUUCUUCCGGCAUUCAGUUGUUUAGUGGUGAUCUGCUCAUUUUGGAACUUUGCCAAAAGGCGGCUCCUUGUGUUGAAGGAAUUUCUGAAUUCAGUAAUUCAAAACAAUUUCAUCUAGGUUGCUCUGUACAGCUCACCAUAUUUGUUGACAACCUAUGUCGACUACAGUAUAAGAGGGAAGUGAUGGCUGUGACACAUCUUGAAAGUACACAGAAUUUGUACUUGGACCCGUCAAAUGUAGAUAUGAAUACGAUGACAAUGGCCCAACGAGUUGCAGCUGAGAUUCUGGUAAUUGUGUCACGACAUAUUCAUUCCCUUAUUAAUGAUUGGUAUCCUGGCCUUGUGGACUUUGUUCAUUGUAUUAUACCAUGCACUCAGUGUAUGCUGGUACUGCCACAAAGUCAAGUAGACUUUCUAGAGCAACCACAGACAGAAGAGACUGCACUUUCUCUGUCUUGUGUUGGGUUAGCAAAGAUGCAAAAUUCAAAUGCAAUUUUACCAGAUACUUCUACCAGCUCUACAUGCGGCAGCAGUACUGAGCCAAAUGAAAGCACAAGCAGUUCCAUAACUACUGAUGACACAGGCUAUGGCACUAUUGAAAAUCCCUUUCGUCUCAGAUCAGAAAGCUGGGUCAAUGUUGGUUCUUUGGCAUGGAGUGAGUUUCUUGGACGUUCUGUCGAUGGGAUUACAUUUGAAACUGGAGUUGGGAAAUCUAAGAAAGAAUUUCGAUGUAAGAAACAUGGAUUAAUCAGCUUGGCAUCAGCAGCUCCAGAUUUGGUAUUUGCUGAUCUUCCUCCUGACAUCCACAUCAUUUCUCCAGAGUCGCCUUCUCUUUACAUGGACGAGCUUGACCAAACUUUGCUUGGCAGUGGAGGAUUUGCCAGUGUUUAUCGAGCUAGGAUGCAAGAUGCAGAAACUGGCAGAACUCACAAAGUUGCUGUCAAAGUUUUUCAUAAGGGUACAUCCGAUGGUGGAAAUAAAUACAAUAAUCCGAUACUUCAAGAAUACAAUGAAAUUCGCAAAGAGCUUGACAUUCUAAUUCACUUUAGGCACAACAACAUUGUGCUGCUUCGAGGAGUUGGACUGAACCCUUUAUCUCUGAUCUUAGAGUGUGCUGACAGAGGUAAUUUGGAGGAAGUUAUAAAUGUCUUUAGAGAAGCUGGAGUUCAACUUAGGAUUACGACAGUCCAGCAAACACUGUCUCAGGUGGCUGCUGCUGUUUCUUACUUGCACGACCAAACAAUAAUUCAUCGUGACCUGAAGCCUGAGAAUGUGUUGGUAUGGUCUUUCCCAUUUGCACAUCAAGAUGAAGAUCAAAUCCAGCACAAAGUUCGGGUAAAACUAUCUGACUAUGGCAUUAGUCGAAUUGCUGGACACCUGGGAAGCAGAGAUGAUGGGGCCCAUAGUCCUCGUUAUACAGCUCCUGAGUUGCUUCAACAUGCUGGACAAGUAUCCUACAGUGACAAGGUUGAUGUGUUCUCCUUUGGAAUGUUGGCAUACUAUGUCAUUUCAAUGAAACGUCCUUUAUGGAAGCUUGAAGGACGUGAAGCAGACAAAGCUAUCAGGCUUGGAAAGCGUCCAGAACAAUCCUUGAAGGAGCAGCAUGUAAAUGCGAUAAUACAUGAUAUGAUGUUGGCAUGCUGGAAACAGGAACCAGGCUCCCGUCCAACUAUGAAAGAGGUAGAGUCUGUUAUCAAUUCUCCUGCUUUCUGCAGAGUGUCAAAAGUCGUGUCCACACCCGUUGCAGCAAACUCACUAGUGACUGCCUGUCACUGGGGUGGAGAGGGAGGUGUGGAAUGGUUAUGGUUGUGUGGAGGUAACAGAACACAAGGCAGUGUGUUGUCAUUAAACACAGUCAACAAGACUGUAGUAGAAUUUAGUGCAGUGUGCAAUUCAAAGAUUGUUUCUGUCUGUGUUGUCAAUAACUCAGUGUGGCUCGGAACACAUUUUGGUAACAUAGUCGUCUACAGAUUGUGUGGUGAUGGGUCAGCCAAAUUGGCUAUCAGUCAAAACUUGUGUUCCCCUAAUCCGGUAGUUGCCCUCCAGCACAGUACUUCAUAUCGUUUAGUUGCUGUUGCUUUACCUGGAGGAGCACUUUACCUCUACAACGAUCAAGUGACUGAUACUGACAAAUUGGUACCAAAAAUUAGUAUUGAAAGCGCUGGGAGUGAAGCUUGUUGCAUUCAGUUUGUGAUUCAUUGUGAUGCAUUGGAAAUUUGGUGCGGUCUUCGAUCGUCAGCAAUUGCUGGAUUUGUAGCUCAGCAAGACACAAGUAAAAAUGAAGUGACUGUGAAGUUAUUAAACAUAAUAAAUCCCUCAGAAAGUGGAAAGUCUUAUCCUUACAGUCAUGCAGUAGCUUGCUUUCAAGAAUCAGAAGGAUACAGUGGUACGAGGAUCUGGUUUGGACAAAUUCGACGAUCACAACUAACAUGGGUUGAUAGAGUGGGAGCAAUUGUUCACACAGGCAAGCUCGAAGUGGGAAACUUUGUUCAUGACGCUGAAAGUAAAAACGAACGAUCAAGGCUCAACAUCACAGCGAUGUCACAUUGGAGAGAAGAAUUGUUUAUAGGCAUGGAAGGCGGCUACAUAGUCGUCCUUGAUUCAUUCAAGUGCACUUGCCAGGCAGUGCUACAUCUCUAUAACUCCAAGGUAUUGCAUAUAAUACCACUAGCACCAACAACUUUGAAAUCGAAAGACAAAUAUCAGAUUUUCUCCUGUGGGAUUGGGUUCAAAAGUCUUAGUAAGGAAGUCUCGAGAGAAAAUAGCAGCAAUAAGGACACUGCUGACAUUAUAACAUGGGAAGGAGGGCUAUGGUAGUAAUUACAGACUGAUUUAGGAUUUUGAUGUAGGCUAGCAGAACACUUCGUUUUGCAUGAGUUAUGGUAAUCAGACAUUUCAGUUUGAACACGUUUUUGUAUUUUGUAAAUGG